GUCGCACGGAGCGAUCGUUCCCGCACCCCGGGCGCAGCAGAGCUCGCCCCAGUAGCAGCCCUGCCUGCGGGGCCAGGAUUACCGCACGCCCGCCGCUUGGCGGAGAAGGCACCCGCUUGCAGCCCGGGCAGCAGCCGGAGCCCGUGUCCGGGCGUGGGGACCCCCGGUCCCAGAGCUGCGAUGGAGCGCAGGGUGGUGCUGGCGCUGCUGCUGUGGCUGGGGACCCGGCCGGCUCCAGGCUUGUUCAUUUCUCCGGAUCAACCAAGUCUUAGCAUCCAAAAAGAUAUCCUUACAAUAACUGCAAAUGAUACUCUAAAUAUUACUUGCAGUGGUCAAAGAGCUUUGGAGUGGCUGUUGCCUAACAAUCAGAGCAGUUCUGAGAAACAUGUUGCAGUGACUGACUGCAGGGACGGCCCCUAUUGUAAGAUGCUCACUCUUACAAAAGUAAUAGGGAAUGACACUGGGGACUACAAGUGCUUUUACAGAGACACCCAGGCAACUACAAGCAUUUAUGUCUAUGUUCAAGAUUACAGAUCUCCAUUUGUGACUUCAGUUAGUGACCAACUUCAUGUUAUAUACAUUACUGGGAACAAAACAGUGCUGAUUCCAUGUCUUGGAUCCAUAUCAAAUCUCAAUGUAUCACUUUAUGCGAGGUAUCCAGAAAAGUUAUUUGUUCCUGAUGGUAAAUCAAUCUCAUGGGAUAAUAAAAAAGGCUUCACUAUUCCCAGUAACCUGAUCAGCUAUGCGGGCAUGGUCUUCUGCGAAGCUAAAAUAGAUGAUGAAAGUUACCAGUCUGUGAUGUACAUAGUUGUGGUUGUAGGAUACAGAAUUUAUGACUUAACUAUGAACCCUCAUCACCAAAUAGAGCUGGCAGCAGGGGAGAAACUAGUUCUAAAUUGUACUGUGAGGACGGAGCCAAAUGUUGGAAUUGAUUUCAAAUGGGAUUACCCUUCCGUUAAGGGAAAACGUGCUACAGUCAGAGACUUAAAAACAUCAUCAGGGAAUGAGCCGAAGAAGUUCGUAAGCACUCUUACCAUAGACCAUGUGACCUUAAAUGAUAGAGGCCGAUACAACUGCACAGCAUUCAGUGGCCUUAUGACAAAGAAAAACAGCACAUAUGUCAUUGUCCAUGAAAAACCUUUUAUCCGUUUGGACAGAAUGGGGUCUGUGGUGGAGACAAGGGUAGGAGACCAAGUCAAAAUCCCUGUGAGAUUUACAGGCUAUCCUCCACCAGAAGCAAAAUGGUAUAAAAAUGGAAAAGCCAUCAGCACAAAUCAUACCAUUAAACUUGGUUACACGUUAACAAUUACUGAGGCAAGUGAAAAGGAUGCUGGGAAUUACACCAUUGUACUUACAAACCCCAUUAACAAGGAGCAACAGAGACACACAUUUAACCUGGCUGUGAAUGUUCCACCUCAGAUUGGGGAGAAUGCUUUGUUGGCUCCUGUUGAUUCCUACAAGUAUGCAACUACUCAAGUCCUAACCUGCACAGUCUAUGCCAUUCCGGCCCCAGUCAAUAUCCAGUGGUACUGGCAGUUAGAGGAACAGUGUACAUUCCGCCCUAAUCAAGUUGGUUUGGGAAUCAAUCCUUAUGCAUGUAAGAAAUGGAAAGACAUCACGGACAGAAAGGGCGGAAAUCGGAUUGAAAGAAUUAAAAAUCAGUUUGUUGCUAUUGCUGGGAAAAUGAAGACUGUAAGCACCCUUGUGAUUCAAGCAGCAAAUGUGUCAGCUUUGUACAGAUGUGUGGCUACCAACAAAGCUGGAGUGGGUGAGAGGGUUAUCUCCUUUCAUGUUACCAGGGGUCUUGAAAUUAACCUUCAACCUAGAAACCAACCCACUGAAAAGGAUAACAUGUCCUUGCAGUGCACUGCGGACAAAUUCACCUUUGAAAACCUUACCUGGUAUAAACUGAGUCCUCGCACCUCACAGAGGCCCCUUGGGGGGUUGCCAAUGCCUGUGUGCAGGAACCCGGAUGAUCUUCUGAAGCUGAAUGCCACAGUUUCCAAUAGCAAUGGUGAAAAUGUUACCUUAGAGCUCAUUCUCCGUAACAUUUCUCUUCGAGAUCGAGGGGAUUACGUUUGCAUAGCCCAGGACAAAAAGACUAAAACGCAACACUGUCUCGUCAAGCACCUCACUGUUCAAGAGCCUGUGGCCCCCACAUUGAUAGAGAGCCUGGAGAAUCAAACAGCAAACAUUGGUGAAACCAUAGAAGUAUCAUGCCCAGCAAAUGGAAUUCCUCCUCCACACAUCACAUGGUUUAAAAACAAUGAAACCCUUGUUGAAGACUCAGGUAUUGUUGUGAAAGAUGGGAACAAAACUCUAACCAUACGCAGGAUAAGGAAAGAAGAUGGAGGUCUCUACACCUGCCUUGCCUGCAAUGUCCUCGGAUGCAAAAAAGCAGUAACUUUUUUUGCAGUAGAAGGCGCCGAAGAGAAAAUGAACCUGGAGCUCAUUAUCCUGGUUGGGACUGCAGUGAUUGCCAUGUUCUUCUGGUUGCUUCUUGUAAUCAUUCUCCGGACCGUUAAACGGGCCAGUGGAGGGGAACUAAAGACUGGCUACUUGUCAAUCAUCAUGGAUCCUGAUGAAGUUCCUAUGGAUGAGCAGUGUGAACGUCUCCCCUAUGAUGCCAGCAAGUGGGAGUUUCCUAGAGACCGGCUAAAGCUAGGUAAACCCCUUGGGCGUGGAGCAUUUGGUCAAGUCAUAGAAGCAGAUGCAUUUGGAAUUGACAAAACUGCUACCUGCAAAACUGUUGCAGUAAAAAUGCUGAAAGAGGGUGCUACACAUAGUGAACACCGGGCACUUAUGUCAGAGCUCAAGAUCCUCAUUCAUAUUGGUCAUCAUCUAAAUGUUGUCAAUUUACUUGGUGCCUGCACAAAACCAGGAGGCCCGCUUAUGGUGAUUGUGGAAUACUGCAAGUUUGGAAACUUGUCAACUUACUUAAGGAGCAAGAGAAGUGAAUUUGUUCCAUACAAGACUAAAAAUGCCAGAUUUAGGCAGGGAAAAGAAAACUACGUCAGUGAAAUCUCAGCGGACUUGAAGCGACGCUUAGACAGCAUCACAAGCAGCCAGAGCUCGACGAGCUCGGGUUUUGUGGAGGAGAGAUCCCUUAGUGACGUAGAGGAAGAAGAAGCUUCUGAAGACCUUUGCAAGAACCCUCUGAGCAUGGAGGACCUUAUCUGUUAUAGCUUCCAGGUGGCCAGAGGGAUGGAGUUCUUGGCUUCACGCAAAUGCAUCCAUAGGGACCUGGCUGCUCGUAAUAUCCUCUUAUCACAGAAUAACGUGGUCAAAAUCUGUGAUUUUGGCUUGGCGCGAGACAUCUACAAAGACCCAGAUUAUGUCAGGAAAGGAGAUGCCAGAUUACCCCUAAAAUGGAUGGCACCAGAAACCAUUUUUGAUAGAGUGUAUACCAUUCAGAGUGACGUAUGGUCCUUUGGCAUUCUGCUAUGGGAGAUAUUUUCAUUAGGAGCUUCGCCAUAUCCUGGUGUAAAAAUUGAUGAGGAGUUUUGUAGAAGACUGAAAGAAGGAACAAGGAUGAGAGCACCAGACUAUACAACACCAGAAAUAUAUCAGACAAUGCUGGACUGCUGGCAUGGAGAACCUAAGCAAAGACCUUCUUUUUCUGAAUUAGUGGAGCACCUGGGAAACUUACUGCAAGCCAAUGUUCGUCAGGAUGGUAAAGAUUACAUUGUCCUUCCUCUAACGGUAUCACUGAACAUGGAUGAGGAUUCUGGACUCUCUUUGCCAACCUCACCUGUUUCCUGUAUGGCGGAAGAGGAAGUCUGCGAUCCUAAAUUCCAUUAUGACAACACAGCAGGAAUUAGUCCGUACCGACAAGGUAGUAAACGAAAAAGCCGACCUGUGAGUGUGAAGACAUUUGAAGAUGUGCCCGUAGUACCUGCUGUAAAAGUUGUUCAAGAUGACAAUCAGACAGACAGUGGGAUGGUUCUUGCAUCUGAAGAGCUGAAGACACUGGAAGACAGAGCUCAGCAAGUGACAGUUCCCUUUAGUGUGCUGGUGCCCAGUAAAAGUAAUGAAUCUGUGAUGUCCGAAGCCUCAAACCAGACGAGUGGCUACCAGUCAGGAUAUCAUUCUGAUGACAUGGACACCACAGUUUACUCUAGUGAAGAGACAGAACUAUUGAGCAUCAGAGAAGACACACCUCAAACGUGCUGCACACAGACACUUACCUACGACACUGGUGUUUCACUCAGCUCACCUACUGUUUAGAACAAAACAAACAACAGGAAAUCAUAUGGAACAUUCCUGUAUUUCUUAGACUGUGUAUUCAGGGCUUAUGCACAGGACACCUGCUUUCACAAGAAGGACACGAGUAUCACGUAGCAAACUGAGCAGUGAUGAGCCACAAGACGCUUGUUCAAGAGACAUCGGUAGCUCAUGAUAAGUUGCAGAGCGCUGUCACUGCCGUGAACAUAUGUAUUUUGUUUCUCUGAUUACAAAGUCGGGUUGUGGACUUUGAGACCCAAAUGAAACACAUGUUGACACUAAGUGUCUAUCCAAUAGUGUAAAGACUACAGGCAAUGGAAUAGCAUUCAGCAGGGCACUUUGUGCUUCCAAUUAUAUGAAAUAAAGCUCCAGCCAUG